AUGUCAUCUGCACAGUCCGAUCUCAUCAAUGUCCCUUCAGAUACAGCCCGGGCCUUCGCUCAGCGCUUGCUGGAAGCCCAUGGCGUAUCAUCCCAGGACGCCGCCAUAGUUGCAGACAACCUUGUCUCGGCCGAUCUGCGAGGCGUCGAUACUCAUGGGAUCAACCGACUACCAUCCUACAUCAAACGUGUGCAGCAAGGGGUUCUGGAUCCCAAGGCACAGCCCACACUGGAGCAGACUACCCCCGUAGUCGCACAAGUCGACGGCAAAAAUGCAUUCGGAGCCAUCGUGGCGAAGAAGGCAAUGACUGCAGCAGUGGAGAUGGCCAAAAUCUACGGCAUCGGCAUGGUCUCAUGCAAACACAGCAACCAUUUCGGGAUGUCGGCCUGGACAGUGCAGCAGGCCCUCGACGCGGGACUGAUGUCGCUCGUCUUCACGAACAGCUCACCCGCGCUGCCAGCAUGGGGCGCUAAGGAACAGCUGUUGGGCGUGAGCCCCAUUGCAUGUGGUGCGCCAGGCGAGCCGAUACCGUUCAUCCUGGACAUGGCACCCUCUGUAGCUGCCAGGGGGAAGAUCUACAAGGCUCUCAGAAGGGGCGAAACGAUCCCGGAUGACUGGGCACUGGACAAGGACGGCAACCGCACCACGGAUCCGGCCAAGGCGCUUGAUGGAGGCGUGAUGCUGCCCAUGGGGGGACCCAAGGGGUCGGCGCUGGCGAUCAUGAUGGAUGUUUUCUCGGGCGUGCUUUCGGGCUCGGCGUAUGGUGGGAAUGUCGCUGGGCCGUACGAUCCGUCACGACCAGGAGAUGUGGGACAUUUCAUCGUGGCUCUCAAGCCGGAUCUGUUCAUGAGUGCGGAGGAUUUUAGGAGUCGCAUGAAAUAUGUGUAUGAGCGGGUGGUGGGAUCUGAGAAGAUGGCCGGUGUCGAUCGUGUCUAUUUCCCGGGAGAGGUUGAGAUCGUCCGAAGUGAAGAAAGGUUGAGGUCAGGCAUCCCGUAUGCAAAGGCUGAGGUAGAAACUUUGAACAAGCAAGCAGAGGCAGCUGGAGUGCAGCCUCUGGUAUAA